UUCCAAUAUGGCGGGUUUUAAGCAGCUUGAUUUAGACGAAGAUUUGGUAACUGGAAGGUCCAGUCGGUCUGAUAAAAAAUUUGAUACAACUGUUGGUCACAUAGAAGACAUAAUCAUGGAAGAAAAAUUUCAGUCAAUGCAGCAUGACUUCAAAGAAAAGUAUUACCAACACUUUACAGAUGAAGAAGAGAACAAGCUUAUAUAUAUGGAUAUAUUCAAGGAAUAUGUUGCUCUUGUGGAAAAUUACAUUGAAGAGGAGCUUAAAAAAAGAAUAUCAGGUUUCUCCAUGGAAGAAUUUUCAAAGUCUUUAGAAAGCCGUCAUGAUCAAAUCGGAGGAGAUAUUUUAGAGAUGCUGAUGAGCUUUACAGACUUCAUGACCUUCAAAGAAAUGUUUCUGGAAUAUAGAUCUGAAAAAGAAGGAACAGGAAUGGACUUUAGUGAUUUGUUAACCAUCACAUCAAGUGGUACAUCACCAGCAGAUGAACACCAAGGAAUGCAGGUUGAUCCUGAGUCACCAAGAGAAGGACCCUCUUCAAGCAGAUAGUCUUAACAGAAAAGUCCUUAGCUUUAAAGAUUUUGGGUUUUGUUGAUUCCUUUGGAACUUUGCAUGUCUGGAACAAAACAAGACCAACCCUUGUAGAUAUAAAGAAAAUUCUUGAGAGUACUGAGAGUUUCUUCUUGCACUGCGAUCAACUCCUGUUUUCUCACAAUCACAUUAAGUCUAAAUAAGCAGGAAGAUUUUUGAGUGAUAGACAGCUGAUCAUUAAGUGUACAUGGAUAAUAUUUAUUAGACAAUUGGCUCUGAGAGUAGGAGACAUGGAGCAUAUCCUGUGUUCUUUUAAGCUGCCUUUGAGGGCAAGUUUUUCUGCUUGGGAUUGCCCACUUGGAUCUCACAUCAGAAAAAUAUAAGAUUUACAUGGUUUACAUACUGAAAUGUGCAAGUUCAAGGCAACUUAUUGUGUCAUUGGAAAAAAGUUUUCUGCCAGUUUAGCAGUCAAGAGAGUCCAAGUGUAUUUCUCAAGACAGUCAAACAAAGAAAACUACUACAGAUUAAAGACUUCUGGUUUUGUGAAUUCAUUUGGCAAAUUUUCUGUUUAGUUUAUGAAUGCCAUCUGAUUAUUCCUUUAUUUACCAAGCUUAUUUGGUUAAGAUAGCUUGAUAAUUACACAAUUCUUGGUCAGUAUCCAGCUACAUAUACCUCAGUAAAUAAAUCAUGAUCAUAACCUCACAAUUUGUCACACAUGACUUUUGUGGGGAUUUGAUAAGAAAAACAAUAACCUGAGCUCAAAAGUAGUAGAAACAGUGAGAAAUAUUUUAUCCCUCUCGAUUUAUUUUAACAUCACUCGUUUUCUCUUGCACAUUAAAUAUGGCGUAAAUUUUUGUUUUCAAAACUUUCUGUUGGAGCUGUUUGGCAAUGGAACAUAAAAGAAAUUUUAGGUAUUCAUUUCAUUAACGAGUUUGAAAACGUCAUCUAACGCCGCAGAUACAACAAUCUGCGCUAAAUUGGGAAGACUUGAAACGCUGUUAACUUCACUAGUUUCUUCGUUUUUUUUUAUUUGUUUGUUUUUGUAGUUAUCAGCUUUUACAACUCUUGAAACAAAUUUGUUUCGAGAAAUUUCUAGAAAAUGUACCAAGUAACUGCUACUAGGAAAGAAAAGUCUUAAGUGUGUUGGAGAUAGAGAGAGGCAAAGGAACCAAUUGUUGUAAUUAUUGUAAUGAAGUUUUUACACAAAUAUAAUGUUUUAUUUAA